CUUCACUUAUGUCAAUUUGUCUUUAUUGUAAUUGUUUACUAAAUUAGAAGUUUUUUUGGCCUUUAUUUAAUACAAAUAUUUGGGACGCCUUUUACCUAGAACUAGCCGAUAAAAUUCAAAACAAUUGUGAUAGGUAUUUGAUUUUGCUGGUAACGGGGAAGGCACACCCCGUGUGCAAAACAAAAAUGUUAACAUAAUUGAGUUUUGAUAAGGUAUGGAAAAGUCAGUCCGUUAUAAAGCCAAAAAUAAAAAACCCGCAGCAAAACCCAAAACUACUAAGAAACGGAAAAGUGAUGGACCAACGUGCUCAAUGUUUCUGGCAGAGCUUACUAGGAAGCUCGCUUCUAAGAAGAGACAAGAAGUCGAAACCAAAAAUAUAGUUCAAACCAUCAUAGACAGUAUCAGCAAUGCUUUACCAAUAAAAUUUUCUAGAAGAUCACCACAAAAGAAAGAGUCCCCCGUAAGAAUAGAAACGUUGCAAACAUUUGCUCCCGAACUUAUACCUAAUGAUACUUUAGACAUUCCUCCGCCCCAAAUAGACACAGUUGAAGAUGAACCCUCGUUUCUGGAAACAGAAAUUGAUAAAACGGCAUUCAAGAUUCCUAAAAUGCCUUUAGCUAGCAGUGAUAUAUUCAAGCAAACUGUCGAAAAAAGGCGAAGGAUUCCAACUGAAAAUGUAGCAGUCAAUACAGGGUCUGACCAAGAUGUGGCUACUGAAAUUGCUAAGUACGUGGGGACGCUGAAAAAGAUAUCACUAAUAGCAGAAGAAUUUAAUCAGAAAACUGCAAAAAAUUUGAAAGAGAUAGUAGACAGCGUUCAAGAGGAUUUGAUAAAGAAAUUAGAAGAAAUCCAAGCAGAAAGGAGAGCAUCACUCCGGUCCGAAAAACCUGUACAAAUUGAUGUGAGAUCUGAAGUUAUGGAAGAAGAAUAAUACUGGCUGAUUUCAAUGUGACAUUUGACUUUAAUAAUGACAACAUACCUAUUAUGUCAAAAUGACAUGGUGUUUAGGUUUUUUGAAAAUUAAAUGGUAAACAUUAUAUAAGCCAAAAAAUAAUUUUCUUUCAUUAUGUGAAAUUCUUUGUAUUUUUCUUGACAUUUAAUUUAAUAAGAGUUCAAAAACAUUUUUAAAGUUCUUAUUUAAACAGAAUUUUUGGUAAGGUAGAUUUGAAUAGCAAAACUUAAUGCGAGCAGAUGAAAGUGUUCGAAAAUAAACAAAUGCUAAUAUUUAGUCACUUUUGAAAUGGAUCCAUCUUCUGAUAGAAUUCUAUCAGGAGGUAACGGUCCAAUAGAUUAUGUAGUUGCUUAUGGACAUCGCAUUAAAGUUCAUCGUAUUAAUUCCAAAGACAAGUUUAAUAAAGGUUUACAGGAAUUAAUGAACACAAUUAACAAUGAGAGGAAGAAAAAUUCAAGUAAAUUACCAAGAAUAAUCAAAACAUCUACUAUCACGAACGCGGGCAAACGUGAUGACCAAUCCUUCAGUAAAAUUAGUCGCUCCGAUACCUCAGGUGAUUGCUCGGAAGGACCCAGUGCACAAACAUUUUUGCCAGUAAAGUUAAGAAAUGAAGGAGCAAGAACAAAACGAAGUCAAAUUCCACGUCGUAAGAUUUCUGCAAAUAUUUCAAAAGAAGAUGAGAAAAUUCCAAUAAAUUACAAAUACUUCACAAAUGAAUCCCGUAUUCAGAGAGUGUAUUUACCUAAUUUGAAUCCAGAUUUUUACCAAGAUGAACGCUCUGCAGUGACAUCUUUAGCUUCGACAAGGCCAAUACCCGAUCUGUGUCAAAUGUAUGGGCAGAAUAGUACAGUAAAUGAAGAUUUAUACUAUGACUGGUACAUGGAGCUUGAUGUACCAAGACAUUCAGGCGUAGACCCUCUUGGAAACGCCAUGGUCAGCCAAUCAUACGAUAAUGCAGAUACGGGUCCAAGCGUCGUUAAUGAUGAAGACAAAUAUGUUUUGGAUCAAACUGUGAAACCCAAUAGCCUUAUCGAAACACAUAAAUACAAAACUACUAAUGAUAAUAUUAGCGCUUGGCUUUCAAAUGAAAUAGAAUAUCCCACCAAAGAUAAUGAGUCUGGAUACAGCUCCCUCAGCCCAUGCAAUCAGUGUCCGUUCGUUAUAGACUCGAAACAUUCAGAUAGUCAAGUUGGGAGCACUCCGUUCGAAUAUCCCUCAAAACUGCCCAAAACAAGUGAAAAUUUUGAAGAGACAGAAUUGAAAACUGCAAACGAAGUAACACCAGAAUUUAGCAAAGAACCUGUACUCGUAGAACAACAGACAGUGGUAAUUAAUAGAUUACCUGAUCUAAAUGAGAAAGGUUCAUCAAAGUCAGAAGAUUACAGCACGAAAAGUGACAAAGCUCUGGAACCCAUUCUUAUAUCUAAAUCAGAAUGCAGUAAAAAUUUACAACUCUCAUCUGCAAUUAAUCCUGAAUCUAAACAAGAGGAGAAAGCUAAUUUAGCUUCAUACACAGAUUGUGCAUCGGAAAUUUUGCAAAAAACGACAAAUUUUGAAAUUGACGGCAAAAUUAUAAGCAGCUGCGAUUCGCGAAAAACCACAAGCAGUAUCGCUGAAACGGACAUAGAAGUUCGUCACGACUACUCCAGCCAAUUCCAACUCUUGGAAGAACAGCCUUCCAUUUGGAGCCAUCAUCAUCGUUGCGCUUCUCAAAGCUGCGUCACCUUCACCAAGUCUGAUGGGUCAGAUGCUGCCACCGUUGUUGAAGACUCCCUCUACUGCGUCUGUCAUGGAAAGAGGAUCGAUUCGGCGGGCAAUAUACAAUCCUCAGACCACUUCCACGACCACAAGUACGAUUGGUGUCAAAGAAAACGCAACUCGUCCUUGCAAGAUGAUGCUGCAGAUCGCUACAAAAGACAAUCAAGAUAUAGACGAUUCCCUAGCUACAAAUACAAAUUGACACACCCGUUCCAUAGUCUACGCAAGCGCUUAUCAACCAUUGGUAUUUGCCGACGCCGUUGGAACCAUGUUUGGAAAAGAACUGCCGCCAGAUGGAGUUACAGACCAAAAUCUCACCCUAAAUUUAACAAAUACCACAUGAUCCAGUAUCUGCAGAGUUCCACCAUAUGGGAAGACGUUGAUGUUCAAACUCAUACGCUUGUUUUCCGAGAAGCUGGAACCCACACGAACACUAUGGAGAAGAAAUCUACCGGAGUCAGUACUUGCAUGAACCCAUCUUAUCCUGAAACAGGUUCUUCGUCGAGGAGUUUCAAAUCGCGCUUCAAACACAUAAACUUAGGGCCAUCGAGGUUUCCGUUUUUCUACAACUCCACACAAACUUCGCUCCCCCUACAUUCUUUGAAUGAAAGCUUGAAUAUAGUUGAAAAGCAGAGUAUUAGCCCCAGUUAUCAAAAAAAACAUCAGGUAUUCUACGAUGUGAACUAUGCCAAACGAGCUGCUGUCCAUCCACAUGAUAACGUGACUCCGCCGAUAGUAACCACAGAUACAGUUACAAGUCCCAUAGAUCUACAUAGAAUGAAGACGGUUGAGAUCGAUACAGGCACUGAUGGUAUACUAUAUCACGUAAAUGAUAAAUGUAUAAGCAAUAUCAUAAGUUCAGAAACAAUACGAAAUCUUCCAGAAAUUAAAAGAGAAGAGAUUGCCACUCAAAUGGUCGUUACAUUCAAUAACAUUGAAACUGAUAUAUCAUUUACACCAUUUUUCAAAUAUAAUGAUAUGGGUCACUCCAUCGAUCAUUUGUCGUUUUACAAACCUAUUGGAAUAAAUACAGAUUCCAUGAAAUUGGAAUCCAGCAUGAAAAAUUCUGUUGAUCGCUCUGUGCAGAUCAUGACUUCGACUAUAGAUGAAAUUACGUCCGAAUCUUCUACAGGCAAGACACAUCGAGUAAAACAACUGAAUAAACUCAAGAGUAGCUGGCCAAAGAGAUGGUCUAUGCGUUGUAAAAGAAAGAAGACUGCUGCACCAGCACCAGCGGCUGCACACAACUCACCAAUACAGCUUUCACCAAGAAAGGAAACUACUGAUAUUAAAAAAGAGGAUCUGUGUGUGGAAACUUCACCGCCGUGCUUAGUUUUAACAGAUGCCAAAAUCUUGUCAAUAUCUUCAGCUCAAUUGAUAGAAGCAUCAGCAGUCACUUCUGACUCAGAAAUACAAAAACCUGCGAUGAUGCAUGAUCAGAGUAACGCAAUCGGGUCAUUUGCUUUUCAUUGUUAUAAACAUUGCUCUACACCUGCAGUGAACAAAUCAACAGAGGCCGCAGCAACGAUCACAGGAACUGAAACUCUAGACCAGAAUAUUGGCUCCAAUGAAAUUAUAAACGAAAACACACAAGGAACAACAACAACAUCUUCUGAGCCUGUCCAUAAGAUCAUACAAAGUGAAUUAAAAAUGCCAAGUCUCAUCGAUGAAUGGUGUCAAAAAUCGGAUUCGAAAAAAGAAGGUACAAAACAGAAGGUUUUAGAACAGAAGUCCACUGACGCCUGUGCAAUGGUAGAAAAGAAAUCGACCCAAACAGUCAUGUCACAAUCAGAAUCUAAGGAAACUCAAUCUGAUUAUUCUGUUAAGAAUAACAAGAAAGAUGAGAAAAACACCGCCGCAUUCACCAGUACCUACACCAGUCUGCACGUUCAGACGAAAUCAAUUGGACAAUCCACUCCUGAAGUGUUCAAUGGGAGACAGAAUUCCCCGUCAAUAAUAGACACGUGGGCUCAGUAUAGCCAGAUUACGGAUGACAGCAUCAGCGGCCAACUAUCGGAGAAGCAAUAUCUUCGGACUCGCAUUGGCCAUAGUAAACUGAUGUCGGCACAAGUGCUUAACGAAUCUAUGUGCGACAACUGCACUCAAGUACGACCAAGCUACUAUGAUACGGAAACUGAUAUAAUGGCACCCCGCAAAACAUCGCAACAGAAAUCUAUCUCGAUAAUGACAUCGUAUCCGAUCGGCGACACUCCCAUCAGAGCUCGCAGUAAAGAACGUUACCAUAGCUUGAUGUGCGGUUGCGCCUACGUCGAUACCGAAACGAAUACUCACUCGAAUCACAAAAUUACCCAUAACAUGGAAUCCUCAACAAGAAGUAUUAAUAAUCUGGGCGUGAAUACAUUAGAAAAAGCAACGAGCACCAGUUUUUAUGAAAAAGGCAAUUCAGCUAGCAAAACUACUCGAACAACCGUUGAACAAAUACAGUCGCUAUCCCGUCGGAUCGGUCAGGCGGACUCGAGCCUGCAGGACGGGCUCAGCAGGGCCAUCAACAGUUCCAUACUCUCCAGCAACCUGGAUGCCGACAAGUGGAUCAAACGAUGCACCAGAGACGAAAAAGAAUACCAAUCAAUUAUAGACGUUGAAGAGUCUGCUCUGAAAGCCUUGAAACGGGCUUCGAUGUCUAUAGCACGUGCAUCCAAAUAUUCUAAAAGUCAGAAUUCUUCUAAAAGCAAUGCAAUCAGCAAAGCAAGCGUUAUAUGUAAUUUAAGUAAAGUGAUACCCCCUACUCCUGGUGAUAUACCAUCCAAUGACAGUCUAGCUGAUGUUUUACCAGUAAACGAUUCUGUUAUAAAACAACCAACAGAAAUUGUAUCAUUGGAAGAUAGCAAGAUAAUGGUAGACGAGUUUACAUCGGAUGAAGCUCUACCAGAAACCCUUAAAGAGACUUUACUACAUGCAGGAGAAUCGGCAGAGUUACCACUAACUCCAGUUGAGUUACCAUCCAACUUUAGCAGUUCCGCUAAAGUGCAAGCGGUUGACUGUGCUAUUAAUAACGAAACUAAAAGCAUACUUAUGGAAAGAAAUAAAAUGAUGGUAGAUAGGGUCACAUCAGGUGAACUUUUAUCAAAACAACUAAAAGAAUCUAUUCUACAAACUAGUCCGGAUAUUAAAGAAGCUGGUAUAGAAACCGAUACCAUUGAAUCCAUAAUAAAAGAACAGAAGUCUGCAAGUGUGUUUACAUCCAAAUGUAUUUUACCGAAACCAAUAAUAUGUGCUCAAAAUGAGAACACUUAUAAUGAAUGUAUAUUUGUAUACGACAGGCCCCAUUGUGUCGUGCACAAAACACAUAUUGAUGCGUCUGUCCAGUCUGCUAAUGUCGAACGUAUUCAAGAUAUCUGUCCAAAAGUACCUGAACUUCGUGUGUGUCAUGAGACAGGCGUCAAUCAGACCGUGAAUUUGUAUUCCCGCGUUGGAGAAGUUUUAUCCCCCAAAGUUUAUGAAGCAUUAUACGAAACUACCAAGCUGGCUGUGAAAGAUCGGCACGUUUUUCCUGUAAGAGACACUGGGCGAGAACUUGUUCCUACUAAAGAGCAUGAUGCUGCCUCAGCAAAGACUUUGGCGAUACGCUCAGCAGCCAUGGUGACGUCACAGUGCGGCCUAAGGCCAUCCAAGUGCCACUGUCAUCAGGAAAUUAAAAAGGAACCAGGAAAAGCUGAAUACGUGUUCGCUUACGAUACCCCGCAAUCGUCAGUAGUAGACGCGACUGAUAAUGUGAGUUGUCACGCCAGAGUGCUGGAUAUACCGCCUUAUUGUGAUACAGAUGAGCAUGUAAAAACACAGCUGGUUGGGUCUUGUCGGUACUACAGCAAUCUACUCACGAAACACUUUGGAAUCAUAAAAGAAAAAGAUGCAAAACGCCGAACACCAACCACCGAGCAAUGUCUUUAUCUUUCCACAAUACAAAAGCCUAUAUCUUGCACGGAAGCAUUCACAAUGAAACCGAGCGGACGCGAAGACCUCGGCUGCCAAACGUACAAAGACCACAAAAUACUGAACUGCGUCAAACAAGAACCGAUCAGGACAUUAUCCUGUUGUGACCUCUCACCUAGCCUGAUUUCCAUCUGCAAGGACAACGAGAAACACCAUCUGAAGUCUGUCUAUUAUAUGCUCUCGGCGAUAGAAGGCAGAAUACGUCGCUUGAAAAGAAAUAUACCCAGUUGAACAACGCUAAUACGGCAGUUUUGAGAUCUGUAGAUGAAUUCUUUAGAGGCACUUGCAGAAACAUAGAAUUAAACGUACCGUGAACUUUGUGAUGUCGUGUCUAACAACUUUAUAAGUUAGAAGUAGGAUGGGCGAUGAUUUAUCGCAAGUCAACUUUACGACUUAGCACGAACCUAUAUCGAAUUCGAAUAGUUUGCGAGUGCGACAUGUCACUGUCAAAUGUGUACUGAUUUUCAGUUCUCGUGACGUCCGUAAUGAUAUACACACACAAAAUUUGACAAUGACAUUUCGGACUCGCAAACUAUUCGAAUUCGAUUUAGGUUUGUGCUAGGGGUACAGUACCCCCAGAAUAGUUUCAUUAUCGAAUUCAUUCGAAUUCGAUAAUGAAACUAUUCAGUUUGCAAACCGAAAUUUCAAUGUCAAACUUUGUAUGGAAACUUGAACAGCAGCGCCACAAAGUACGUAACGAGAACUAAAAAUCAGUACACAUUUGACAAUGACAUUUUGGUCUUGCAAACGUUACGAAUUCGAUAUUGGUUCGUGCUAAGGGUACAGAUGUAGGACAGGACAUUCAGGAAAUUCCUAUAGUAAUAUUACAUUUUUUUACCCAAAUGUCUUGCCUAUUUCGCAGGGCGUGAAUAUAACAUACAUUGAUAUCCAGUUGCUGCGGUCCUGUAUAUCUCCCUUUUAGGUAACUAUCUAAUUAAUAAUGAUAUGAUCCUUGAGCUCAUCGUUCUGCUGCCGUGUUUAUUUAUAUUUCGGUCCGUUUGGGAAACUUUGUAAAAAAUAUGCAGUGUUAGUUUUUGAUUAGUAACGUGAGUAAAUUAUAAAAUGUGUUUAAAAUAAUGUAAAGUGAACAAUGAAAAACAUUUUACAAAUUGAUUGUUUUAUUUUUUAAGAUUACAAAUAGGUUCUUUCUGCUGCGUAGGUAACGUAAAGUAUACAGUUGAUUUUAUAAAGCAUGAGCCAUUUCGAUAUAGGACAUACUAGAAUAACUUAUAUAAUUCAGGUGAUUUUUUUCAUAUUUAUGCGUGACCGUCAGGAUCAGGAUCAGGCAGGUCACAACUUUUAUUUAGAAAAAGUUGAAAUUACUUAAAAAGCAAAUGGGAGAGUGCUUAUUAAUGAUGGAUUUGCCUCCUCAAUAUUUAAAGAAUAAUCAAAACAUUUUCAGUGACCUGCAGUUCCGACGUUUGGGGUGGCAGGUCCGACCAUCAAAUUCAUAAAAACAGGAUUUUUACCAAUCCGACGUUACACUAAGUGCCUGUACCUUUAUUUCCUAUAUAGCUACAGAAUAAAGAUUUAUAGGGUUUUAAGGAAGUAAACCCCUCCUGACAGGAAGCAAAUGGGAAGCCAUUCUUGGCCAACAUUUCAAGUGAUUACAACGCUAAAUAAAAUUACUGACCUGCCAACCUGACGGUCACAUUUUUUGCCUUUAAUUAAAACUUAAUGCUCAAUGACGUCAUGUUCCCUAAAACAAAACUAGCUUAAAGAAUACUACACUUAUGGCUGCACCCAGAGGAAUAGAUUUUAGGUUUGUUUAAAAGGGAUACUGUCUCUUUAUAUCAAAUUUCAACAAGACAUUUAGUCAAUUUGACAAGCAUUAAAUUAAAUAGACGUCUGUGAAUGCAAUCGUUAGGGCUCAUUAAACAAGUUAUCACAAAAAGUGCAAGGAAUGAAAUACCUAUAAAUAACAUUAACAAUUACAAAGUGUCGCAAAUAUCCAUCUAAAUCACUUUUAUAUAAAAGUAAGUACUUAAGUCAUUUUCUUCAUUUUAAUUGAUGACACGAUUUAUUAACCUUCAAUAGAUCUUCUUAGAUGGAAAAUUUUAAAUCGGCUAAAUAUAUAAUAAGUCCACUAUAAAAGAACAACGCAUUUCAUUUAUAUGUAUAAAGAAUAUUUAACUAGAUAUAAUCAACUUUGCCCAGAGUAUCAUCUAGUAAGACAAGCCGUCUUCGAACCACCGCGAUUCGCUAUAAGGCGAAUGCACUUAUAUUCCUCUACUGUAUUAAUGAAUAAAUUUUCUGAAACGAAUCUUUUUAUUCCAUUUUAUGAGUGUUACAGUGUUUAGGUGCUUUUAAAGUCGUAAUAUAUCCCCACCAAGUUGCCCUCGAAAGAAAGAGCAGUCAUCUGAACGCAUAACGAUAUAUACUAAUAGCCUACAUUUAAUUAUUUUGAAAUUUCAAUAUUGGUUAGCUAGCUAUUCUACAGCCCUGUAUAGCAAAUUAUUUACAGAGUGCUCUCAACACCAACAACAGAUUAUACAUAACUGAUUUACAACCUUACUAGGUUGGGAAUAAAGUAUAUUAUGGUAUAUUUCAUCAUACUUUUAAUGUCUAAACGGCAUCUUACGCUUAAAACGACCAUUAAAGAAUUUGUCUACACACAUGCUUUAAAACCUCUAUUACAUAUUCUGAAACAAUUAACAACAUUAAUCAUCAAACAUCCAAUGUCAUAAUAAAAGAAAAUCAUUUUAACACCCGUUCGAGGGUUAUAAUAUUGUACUAAAUUUCAUAAUACAAAUCCUUCGCUUUUUAAGUCCCUUCCGGGCCAAAGGCUUACUUACAGACAGCCACAAUUUUCACUGCUCGAUGCGUGGUAUUAUGAAUUUUAAAAAAGAACAUUAUCUUUCACGCGCAUUUAACUACCACAGCGCCGAAACUUUUCAUGAAUUUUAUGUUCUUAGAACGCCCCAUGCUUCCAGAAUCGUUUAUAGAGGAUUUAAAUAAUGGGUGUAGAUAAAGUCUUGAAUGCAACUGUUUUAUUUAGUAUUAAAACACUCAUGUGAUACUAUUAUCACCACAUUGGUGUUUUAAUACCGCUCAUUACACAACAGUUGCAUAAAUAACUAUUACUUUAUACAAAACAAAGUUACACAAACAUCAAUGAGCAAAAUGCAUAUUACAUGGGAUUCAUUGCGACAAAAAAUGUUUAUGCAUAGCCUUUUUAAAUUAUAAAACAAUAAUAUUCUUGGAUAAUAAUGAAUAAAAAACAUAUACAACGGUAAGAAAUAAAAUAAGAUUCUUAAAAUCGAAAGUGACAACCUAUAUCAAAUAAUAGGGUACAACUAUUUUAAAGAACAUAAUGUAAAAUAAAAUAUAAAAUCAGUCAACAUAGCUUAGUAAAUACAUUAACAGGUUGAUAAAAUUCAUUAUACAUAUAUUAUCUCUAAUUAUUAAUAAACACUUAACUAUACCACCUAUUCACAAUUAUAUCAGUACUUAAUUAUUUACUCCAUCCUUUUUAAACCACCCUGUAUCUUACAUUUCCGCAUUCAUAAAUAAAUUCUCCGUCUUUUUCAAAUUUAAUUAAAUUUUAUCCUAAAGUGCAAGCAAGUAAGCCAGUUAUAGUACAUAAUUUACAAAUUUUAACAGGAUUAUUUGAAUAUAUGUUUUAUUAACAAGAAAUAUGAACUCGUAUUUAUAAACUUCAAGGUUCGAGUUUAAUAACAAAAACACGAGAUUGCUAAACAUCCGAUCAAUAUAAGAAAGCUAUUUGAAUAAAGAAGUAAAAUCAAAAAAGUUUUAAAACGCGUUUUUAGACUUUAGUGUUGACUUAAAACUCUUCUAAUAGGUUGGGGGAAAAGUCUUUUCGCAUUAUAGUGUGUAUGAGUUUGUAAUAGUCUCUUUGGCUAUACCAUUGUAUCCGGCUGGUUUUGGUAUCAAUAAAAAUUUUAAAUUUUAAAGAAGAUAAUUCCAAAUUCAUAUUAGAAAAAUGUGAUAUUUCCAUUUGUUAUUCUUACUGUCAAGAUGAGUGAAUCUAAUUAAUAAUUCGAUACAUUUUAAUUUUACUAUUAAAAGGUUAAAAUGCAACGCAAGCCGCGAAAGACAAUUGUGAUGUUUAUGGACCUAGUGCAGUGUCUGUGAGAGUAGCAGAAAUUAAUUUGGUUUAAGCGGUUUUAAUACAGAAAUUUUGAUGUCAAAGAUGGACGUGGCUCUGGUCGCCCUGUUACGGAUAAAAUGGAUGCCAUUUUUGGAAAAGUGGAGCAAGAUCGGCAUGUCAGUAGUGACGACGUAGCUGAAGAACUGGGAAUUGACCACAAAACAGUUUUGGCGUGUUUAAAAAAAGCUGGGUCCACUAAACACCUCUAUAUUUGGGUGCCUCGCGAGCUCACUGAAAGAAACCUAAUGAACCGUGUAUUCAUUUGUAAUUCUUUUUUACGACGUAAUGAAACCGAACUAUUUUUGAAGAGGCUGAUAACUGGUGAUGAAAUGUGGAUCACGUACGACAAGAACGUGCGAAAAACGUCGUGGUCAAAGGCCAGUCAGGUUUCACAGACUCUGGCGAAACAGGAUUUGACGGGCAUUAUUCAUCAUAAGCUGUUAAUGCCAGGCAGGACUAUCGAUUCUGAACUCUACUGCGAACAACUGAUGAGAUUAAAGCAAGAAGUUGUGAGAAAGCGGCCGGAAUUAAUCAAUUCAAUUCAAGUCAUUUAUUCAGUUUAGGCUUUUACAAGCACAUGUGAAAGUCGAAAACUACGCCAUCGGUUCGCAAAACUACGGCGGGAGACCUUGUACUGAGAAGAACCGGCAAGAAAAUCAACAAAAGGGGUGUGUGUGGUUUUUCAUCAUGAUAACGCCAGGCCUCCCACAUCUUUAACCACUUAUCUAAAAUUAAGAGAGUUUGACUGGGAGGUGUUAAUGCAUCCGCCGUAUAGUCCUGACCUUGCACCUUCAGAUUUCCACCUGUUUCGGUCUUUUCAGAAUUCUUUAGAUCACGAGCGGACUGCUAAAAGCAUUUAUCGCAGUUUUUUGAUCAGAAGCCCCAAAAUUUCUAUAGCAAUGGGAUCAUGUCUCUACCUACAAGAUGGCAAAAAGUUAUCGAUCAAAAUGGCACCUACACACAUUAGUUAAAUGUAAAUAAACUUUAUUAAAAACUGUCUUGAAUUUUCAUAUAUUUAAAACGCAGAGAAAGUUUUUCCCCAACCUAAUUAAUAUUAACAAUUAUCAGUAAAUCACUGGUUUAUAACGAAAUCAACAUUUUGAACAUACGUACUCAUUUGUUGUUCCCAGUUCCUAUUAGAUUUACCAUUAAUUCUUAAAAUGGAAGAAACAUACCCAAUUGAUAUACUGAUAUUACGCCAAUAUUUUGAUAAAAUAAUGGUCUAUAAAAACGUGUACGGCUUCGUUUAAACCGCUUAUUAUUUAAAUCGGCAGUUUAGUUUGGUUUUUGUAAUUUCAAACCUAAAACUAGAUUUGGAAUCAAAAGAGAGAAAGGGAUGCAUGUCGAAAAUGUUAUUAAUAAAAAUAAUGCUCUAUUGAUCUAGAGCUCUACUCUUUCUCCGAAACAAUAUUUCGGUAAAGAACGAAUUUUAAAGGAAAUUUUGCCAGUGAUUAUUCUACUCUAUUUCAUUUUCGAAUACGCACAUAAAGUUCUAAAUCACAAUCAAUUUUCGUGAACGCAUGGAAUAAGUCAUGUUUGUGAGUUCUUUUUAUGUACCUAUACUUUUCAGCUAGUUUUUUACUUGGCAACAAUAUUAUUUUACGACAAAAUUUCUGAUUAAAAGAACCUUCUUUGACAGUGUGUUAACCGACCAUAUUUGUAGAGUUGUUGCAAUCUAUGUCUUCUUCUAUGUCUCUUGUAUGUCAACCUAAAUUUGUCGUUUAAUACUUAAAUGUAUUGGAAAUACAAUUAAUUAAUAAAAAAAUAGUGUAUUUGUAAAUUUGACUUGCUAAAAAAUGAUCCUCACGCUAAGUAGCCUUGGUUAACAAUACUGUAGCACUCAUAUUAGGCUUAAUUUAAAUAAAAAUCCCAAAACGAAAAUGAUAAGGUAACACUUUUCAUUUCGUCAAUUAAAGGUUAAAAUUUCGAACAAUUAUCGUUUGAAAGUUUUGUGAAUUAGAGUAGGCUUGGAGAAUUGAAUUGUCAUAAACUAUUUUCGGACGAACGAAUUUUCGAAAUGGAAAAGAAACAGAGUAAAAACGUGCGAAAUUUCGUUUUUCGUUGAAAUAAAGUAGGUCUCCUGAUCUUUUAAAAAAGACUUUUCUAACUUACAUUAUUCAAACAUGUGAUUUGCAGUUUAAGCAAUAAAGUUUAUCUUCAUUAAAUUACGGUUGCCGAAAGGUUAUUUUGCUUACUUUUAUACUGUUUUAAGUACAAACUACAUAAUUUUAUCUUCCUUAACAAAAUUCAACCACCACAUACCCUUUAAGACUUUCGCAUUUGGCACAGUAUCACAAACAUUUUCUGACAGCUUUCUUCUAGGAGUUUCAUACCUGAAAAUGGG